AUGCGUGCUCAGGAAGGGGGUUCUGCGUUUUCUGUAGGUCACCUGUGUACGAUGUCUAAGGAGAAAGCAGAGAUUCCAGGCCCACCCACAUCUAAAUGCAUUCUGUAUUGGAAAAGAAAAGUCAAGUCAGAAUACAUGCGUCUUCGGCAACUCAAAAGACUUCAGGCAAACAUAGGAGCUAAGAAUUUAUUUGUGUCUAACUUCACAAAGAUUCAGGAAAAGAUAAACAUCCUAAACGAUGACUGGAAGAAGCUUAGAGUUCAGCCAAUUCAGUCAAUGAAGCUGGUGGGAGGAAACCCUUUUCUGAAACAGUGCACAGUUGAGAGCAUCUUUCCCACUUUGAGCACCCAGACUUUGUUCAUGCGGACUCUAAACACUGUAGCCCUGGUGCCUAUCAUGUAUUCCUGGUCUCCACUCCAACAAAACUUCAUGGUGGAGGACGAAACUGUUUUGUGCAAUAUCCCUUACAUGGGAGAUGAAGUAAAAGAAGAGGACGAAACCUUCAUUGAAGAGCUCAUUAAUAACUACGAAGGCAAAGUUCACGGAGAAGAAGAGUUGCUCCCAGGUUCCAUUCUGAUCAGUGAUGCUGUUUUUCUGGAGUUGGUAGAUGCACUAAACCAAUAUUCUGAGGAAGAAGACGAAGGACACGAUACUGUAGAAGGCAAACAAGAAGCUUUGAAGGAAGACCUGCCUGUCACACGGAAGAGGAAACGGCUCACAAUGGAAAGUAACAAGAAAAGUUCACAGAAGCAAUUUCCAAAUGACAUGAUCUUUACAGCUCUUUCAUCAAUGUUUCCUGAGAAUGGCUAUCCAGAAGACAUGAAAGAAAGAUACAGGGAGCUGACAGAAGAAUCCGAGAUGAAUGUGCUCCCUCCCCAGUGCACACCAAAUAUUGAUGGGCCAAAGGCCAAAUCUGUUCAGCGUGAGCAAGCUCUGCAUUCCUUUCACACACUAUUUUGCAGGCGCUGUUUCAAGUAUGACUGUUUCCUCCAUCCUUUUCAUGCAACUCCAAAUGUUUAUAAGCGGAAAAAUGUGGAGACCAAAAUUGAGACGGAACCUUGUGGAUCAGACUGCUUUUUGUGGCUGGAGGGAGCCAAAGAGUUUGCCAUGAUGCAUAAUCCUCGGUCAAAAUAUGCUGGACGGCGCCGGCGUAGGACCCCCAAUCCCAGUGCCUCCGCCUCCUCCAGUGCUGCAGCUUCUACAAGCGCUGAAGCAAAAGAAGGUGAUAGUGAUAGAGAUACUGGCAAUGACUGGGCAUCCAGUUCCUCAGAGGCCAAUUCACGUUGCCAAACACCAACCAAGCCGAAGAUGAGUCCAUCCUCUUCUCAGCCUUUCAUGUCUGAUGUGCCUCUGGAGCCUGUGGAGUGGACAGGGGCAGAGGAGACCCUCUUCCGUGUUUUCCAUGGAACCUACUUCAAUAACUUCUGCUCCAUUGCUCGGCUUUUGGGGACCAAGACAUGCAAGCAGGUCUUUCAAUUUGCUGUGAAGGAAUCCCUGAUAACAAAGCUACCAGUUAAUGAGCUCCUGAACCCCUCCCAGAAGAAGAAGAGGAAGCACAGGCUCUGGGCUGCUCACUGCAGGAAGAUCCAGCUUAAGAAAGACAAUUCAUCAACUCAAGUGUUCAACUACCAACCCUGUGAUCAUCCAGACCAUCCUUGUGACAGCUCCUGUCCUUGCAUUAUGACUCAGAACUUCUGUGAGAAAUUCUGCCAGUGCAAUCCUGAUUGCCAGAACCGUUUCCCUGGCUGCCGAUGCAAGACUCAGUGCAACACCAAGCAAUGCCCCUGCUAUCUGGCUGUGCGGGAAUGUGAUCCAGACCUCUGCCUGACCUGUGGGGCAUCAGAGCAUUGGGACUCCAAGGUGGUUUCCUGCAAGAACUGCAGCAUCCAACGGGGCCUCAAGAAGCACUUGCUGCUGGCCCCAUCUGAUGUUGCUGGAUGGGGAACUUUCAUUAAGGAGUCUGUGCAGAAGAACGAAUUUAUCUCUGAGUACUGCGGAGAGCUUAUUUCUCAAGAUGAGGCUGACCGACGUGGUAAGGUCUAUGACAAGUAUAUGUCCAGCUUCCUCUUCAAUCUCAAUAAUGAUUUCGUUGUUGAUGCCACACGUAAAGGCAACAAAAUCCGCUUUGCAAACCACUCCGUCAAUCCUAACUGUUAUGCCAAAGUGGUGAUGGUGAAUGGAGAUCACCGCAUUGGGAUCUUUGCCAAGAGAGCAAUCCAGGCAGGUGAAGAGCUCUUUUUUGAUUACAGGUAUAGCCAAGCAGAUGCCCUGAAGUAUGUCGGCAUUGAAAGAGAAACUGAUGACAUCUGACUGAAAUUACUGGCCCUUGAUGCUUCCAGCCAGUAUCGCUGCAUCAUAUUCAUGCUGCUUUCUUUGUUGAUGUGUGUGUGUGUGUGUGUUAGGAGGGUUUCAUUCCACCUGGAUUCCUCUUUGGAGAAAAGGAAGGUCCAGCUUUUUCUAGAUGAGGAGGCCCUAAAAAGGCAAAGUGGUCUAAGACCAUUUUGUAUACUGAAGCUUGCUAAUCAGUUUGAUUCAUAGUUUAAAAAAAAAGUAUAUGAACUCUGAAGAAAGUAUUUCUUUGCUCUGGCUGGCUGCAGGCAAAUUUAGAGCAGAGAUUAUCUCAACACAAAUAUCGCUUGCAGAGAAAAUCAUAAAAGUAUUACACAGAGGCCAGGGGAGAGGGAUCAAUUAAUUCCUGACAUUUGCUCCCAAGCCUCUAUAGUUCAUUUCUUUCAGUUAGUAACUUUUUACAACACUUUCUAAUCCUUUUCUCUGUCCCUCUUGGGCUUCAUACUAGCACUUUCAGCAAUGAAUUAAUUUUUUUUUUCUUAGUUAGUUGAAGGACUUGAACAUAUUUGGUUCUGUUCUUCUCUUAAAACAGUAAAAGGUGUUUUGUUUUAUUUUGCUUUUGUUUUUAAGCCACAAGAGGUAUUCUUGGUGUACAUAUGAAAACAGAACAAUUGGGUACAUGUGGCCCAGGAGAAUAUAAUAGUCUUUUUAAGAGCGAUUAAUUUGUCACCUACUUUCAGAAUCUGACCUCCCCCCCACAUCCCCAUUUAUGUCCAAAACAAUCAAUUAGCAUGCACUUUAGAAUGAUUUGCUCCAUGAAGACAGGGAGUUGCCUCCCUGUGGGUUUGUAGGGAGUGAAAAUUGAUUCCACCUCCAUGGUGUGGAUUACUGUAGAAGCCAGACAUUGACUUUCUCAUAUAUUGAUACGUGAGAGCUACAGAUCAAUCAUAAAACUGGCUAAUUAUACUGAUAAAGUGUGUUUGUUGCUGCCAGCAGUAGUUUGGAUUUACUACAUGGAUAAGUCCCCUUGUGUGACAUUGUAACACCAGUGUCAGCCUUGGAGAAGAGAAGGAAGACAGAAAUGUAGUUUAUUGAACUUGGCAGAGGGCGGGGUGUAGAAUGAGGUAUACACAAUCAUGUAUUAGCUACGCAAAUAGCAUUCUUUGGCCUAAGGGUAUUUGUUUGCUUCUGAUUAUGCUAGCCAUGUAAUUGUGAAAGUGUUAGCACUUCUGUGCACAACAUUCCACCUGUUCAUUUCCUGGGCCGAAAGUGAGCCUGGAACAAAUGAAACAAUAGUAUAGUUGAGCAUAUGUAGAGUGCCUUUACUGCUGACUUAGUACAGUCUGCUGCCUACUAUAAGGGAAGCAGCUUCUGGGAAUGAGUAUACUAAUGUGGGAGAACAUAGUGUUCAUGGUCUCUUAGAAAUCAAGGAAUUAAGUGGCAGCAGCAAGCUCUCCACUACCCUAUUUACUACUGCUUCACCUUUUCUAGCUGCUUAAUAAUUGUGA